AUGGACUCGGAAUUCGAGCCCGCCGCUCCCAAUCGCAUCCUCAAGCUCUCCCAGUCUACCAUCAACCAAAUCGCAGCCGCCGAGAUCAUCCACCGCCCUUCCAGCGCUAUCAAAGAGCUCCUCGAAAACUCUCUCGACGCCGGCGCUUCCCAGAUCAAAGUCACCCUCAAAGAAGGCGGUCUCAAGCAGUUGACAAUACAAGACAACGGCCAUGGGAUUGGGAAGGACGAUUUGCCGCUGCUUUGUGAGCGGUAUGCGACGAGUAAGCUGAGAGUCUUCGAUGACUUGAAGGGGCUGGGAACGUAUGGGUUUAGGGGAGAGGCGCUGGCGAGUAUAAGUUACUGCAGUCAUGUUGAGGUGGUUACCAAGACGAAGGAUGGUGGUGUCGCUUGGAAAGCAUUGUACGAAGACGGCAAACUGGUAGCUCCAAAACCUGGUCAAUCCGUGGACCCCCGACCCACGGCAGGCAACGAUGGCACAACCAUCAUCGCUUCAGAUCUGUUCUACAACAUUCCCAUCCGAAAACGCUCUUUCAAAUCACCAACAGAAGAGUACACCCGUACCCUCACCCUCUUGACAAAAUACGCCAUACAUAAUCCCCAUGUCUCCUGGACACUCAAGAAACAUGGGACAUCCCUCCCCGACAUUGUUACCCAAGCGGGUACGACGAUAAGUAAUAUCAAGGCUCUCUAUGGGCCUUCGGUGGCGGCAGAGCUUUUGGAGGUCGAGGAGAAGGUUUUGGAGCCGGAGGAGACUCUUGGGGCGAGCUGUAAGGGGUGGGUGAGCGGGGCGAACAGUACUUGGACAAAGAAGGGGCAGUGGCUCUUGUUCAUAAACAACCGACUCGUCGAAUCGUCCAAAAUCAAAAAAGCCCUCGAAUCCCUCUACACCGCCUAUCUCCCCAAAGGCAGCACCCCCUUCAUAUACCUUGCUCUCUCCAUCGACCCCGCCAAGAUCGACGUCAACAUCCACCCCACGAAAUCCGAAGUCAGCUUCUUGAACGAAGAUGAAAUGGUGGAAGCUAUCGUGGCGCAGGUGGGAGAGGUGUUGAAGGGCGGGAAUAAGAGUAGGAACUUUACGGUGCAGACGUUGUUGCCUGGGGUGAGAGAUUCGGGUAGGGAGAGGAAGGAGGGGGAAGGGUCAUCGUCGUCUAUUGGUAAUUCGAGACCUGCGGCCAAUUAUAAAGUGAGGAUGGACCCGACCAACAGAACGCUGGACUCCAUGGUUCAGGUCGUCGAUCCAUCUCAGCUGUCUUCCUUCGUCCCUUCGACAAGCGAUGGACAGCGACCGACCAAGCGACGCGCAGUGUCCGGUGUCGAUGGAGGUGUAACGAUGUUGGACGAGGAAGAAGAGGGUCAGGGGCAGGAAGAUGAAGAUGCAAGGGAGAUGGUGAGGCUGGACGUCGGAGAGGGGAGUAGUAAGGGCAAAGGAAAGGAGAUUGAGGAGAGUGUUUGCGAGUUUACGAGUAUACAGGCUUUGCGCAAGGCCGUGCUCAAGAACGCUAGCUCAGAACUACACGAAAUACUCUCACGGCAUGCCUUUGUCGGCCAAGUCUCCUCCCAACUUACCCUUUCCCUCAUUCAACACGCCACCAAGCUAUUUCUAGUCAAUCACGCUGCUCUCGCCGACGAACACUUCUAUCAACUCGCCUUGAGACAAUUCGGGGCGUUCAAUAGGAUCAAGCUGGAACCGCAACCGAAUUUGAGAGAGUUAUUGACUCUGGCUGUGGAGGAUGAGGAAGGGCUAGGGGAUGCUGGGCUUUCAAAAGAAGAUGUCGUGGAUUAUACCACAAAUCUCCUUGUUGAGCGCGCCGAAAUGCUAGACGAAUACUUCUCUCUCCUCCUCAACCCAUCCUCCGACGCAACAACACCCGACGCAACAAUCGAAACCCUCCCACUCAUCCUUCGAGGCUACACUCCCAACCUCGACCGCCUACCGCAUUUCCUGCUCUGCAUAGCAACGAGAGUGAAUUGGGACGACGAGCGGGAAUGUUUCGAGACGUUUUUGAGGGAGCUGGCGUUCUUUUACUCGCCGAGACCGUUCUCGGACGCAGUUGAGGAUACAGGAGAGGGAGGCGAGGAGGAUGCGGGCCCGACGGAGGAAGAGCUGUCGCAUCAGACUUGGCAGCUGGAACAUGUGCUCUUUCCGAAUUUUAGGAGAUAUACUGCGUGGCCGAAAAGUUUGGUUGGGGGCGGUGGUCUGGGGAAAGGAGGAGCGGGGGGAGCGAUUCAGCAGGUGGCGAAUUUGCCUGACUUGUUUAGGAUCUUUGAGCGCUGCUAG